AGGAAGAGAGAAAAAUAAGUUUAUUUUCACAUUAAAAUUCAAAAGUUAAUUGGUGUUUGUUAUCUCUUUUAACAACCAUGAACAAAACUCGAAUCUUAAAAAGUUUUGAAACCUCUGUCAUUGCCACACCAAAUACAACCCUCCCACCACCAACACAAGCACCGCCACCCUAAAUUUUGCUAGAUAUGCACCACCCAAAAAACCCAACACCCACCUCUAAAACAUCCAAAAUAACCCCAAUAAUAUCCCUCCAAAUCCCUUUCUCCAUAUUUACCCUCCAGUUCCUCACCCUGCCCUUGCAUGCAAACCCCCAACCUACUGAUUUAGAACAAAUAAUCCUACUGAAAAUGAAACAACACUGGUCUAAUCCACCAUCCAUCAGCCACUGGACUCCACCCUCAAACUCCAACUCCACCAUCCACUGUCACUGGCCGGAGAUCACCUGCACCAAUGGCUCCGUCACCGGACUUUCUCUCAUCAACAAAAACAUCACCGGGACAAUCCCACCGUUCAUUUGUGACCUCAAAAACCUCACUGCCGUUGAUCUCCACUACAAUUACAUCCCCGGACCGUUCCCUACGGUUCUCUACAACUGUUCCAAGCUGGAACAUUUAGACCUCUCCCAAAACUUCUUCGUUGGCCACAUUCCCGGUGACAUUGACCGGUUGUCAACCCAGCUCCGGACCCUCAACCUCAGCGGCAACAACUUCACUGGCGACAUUCCAGCAGCCAUUGGCCGGUUUCCGGAGCUCACAGCGCUUAGCCUUUUUCAAAAUGAAUUUGACGGUUCUUUCCCUCCAGAAAUUGGAAACUUGUCAAAUCUUGAAAUGCUGGAGCUUUCGGAUAAUGAAUUUGUGCCGAUGGCGAUACCGCCGAGCUUUACCCAGUUGAGGAAACUUAAACAACUAUUGAUCAAAGAUUCAAGUUUGAUCGGAGAAAUCCCCGAAACAAUUGGGAAUUUAACAGAGCUCGAGGAAUUGGACUUGUCAAACAAUAACUUGACUGGUACCAUCCCAACUGGUUUGUUUCUGCUAAAGAAUCUAACAACAUUGUAUCUAUUCAAAAAUCACUUAUCCGGGGCAAUUCCUCGGCCCAUUGAAGCUUUGAAGACGGAGAUAAUUGAUUUAUCCCAAAACAACUUGACCGGAACAAUACCUGAUGAUUUUGGCAAACUAACAAAGUUGUCCGGUUUGGCUCUGUUUUACAAUCAACUCUCCGGUGACAUACCAGAAACCAUUGGCCGCCUUCCUUCGCUGAGAGAUGUAAAAUUGUUCUACAACAAUCUCUCUGGAACAUUGCCACCAGACUUUGGGCGAUAUUCGAAGCUCCGGGGGUUCGAGGUCUCCUCGAACAGUUUCACAGGCAAGUUGCCACAGUACUUGUGUGCUAACGGUGGACUAUUAGGAAUUGUGGCUUUUGAUAACAAUUUGAGUGGUGAAUUGCCUAAUUCAGUUGGGAAUUGUUCAAGUUUGUUGAUUGUUCGAGUUCAUGGUAAUCGCCUUUCCGGUAGUAUUUCUCCUGGCCUGUGGACAUCACCCAAUCUGACAAUAUUGAUGCUUAGUGACAAUUCAUUUACCGGUCAGCUUCCAGAUACACUGGCCCCAAAUUUAUCUCGACUCGAAAUCAGUAACAACAAGUUUUCAGGUGGAAUUCCAUCUGGGUUGUCUUCUUGGAGGCAUUUAACAGUGUUUGGUGCAAGUAACAACCUCUUUAGUGGUACACUACCUCACGAAUUGACAGCUCUUCCUCUUCUGACAACUCUUCUGCUUGAUGGGAAUCAAUUUUCGGGUCAUUUGCCAUCAGAUAUCGUGUCCUGGAAGUCGUUAACAUCUCUGAAUCUUAGUCGGAACCAGCUCUCUGGUUCGAUUCCUGCCAAAUUUGGUUCUUUACCUAGUCUCACUAAUUUGGACUUGUCAGGGAAUCAGUUCUCAGGUCAAAUUCCACCUCAGAUUGGGUUUUUGAUGCUAAUUUCUCUCAAUUUGUCUUCCAAUCGUCUCACCGGUAGAAUCCCAGCUGAGUUGGAAAAGACAUUUUUCAAUACCAGUUUCUUGAACAACCCCGGCCUUUGUGCAAGUAAUCCAUCACUAGGCUUUGAUGUUUGCUAUUCCGGAUUUAAAAACUUGAGCACGAUAUUCAAGGCAAUCUUACUGGUAUCAGUUAUGUUACUCACAUUCUUUCUAAUCAAAACUCGCUGGAAAAGAGGGUCCAAAUUGGAUUCCAAGUGGGAGCUUACCCACUAUCAGAUAUUCAAUUUAAGUUUCGAAGUGUCAGACAUUUUAUCUAAUUUGACAGAAAAUAACGUGAUCGGAUGUGGUGGGUCAGGAAAAGUAUAUCGUGUUGAUUUAAACCGUUCAAGCCAAAUUGUAGCAGUUAAGAGGAUUCAAUGUAUUAAAAACUUGGAUCAAAAGCUCGAGAAGGAAUUCUUAGCAGAAGUUCAAAUACUGGGCACAAUUCGCCAUUCCAACAUAGUGAAAUUGUUGAGCUCCAUUUCUAGUGAGACUACAAAACUUCUUGUUUAUGAGUAUUUGGGAAACCAUAGCUUGGAUUGCUGGCUCCACGGAAACAAGUGGCAAAGCAUAUCGGAUUCAAUCCACCGUGUCGUCUUGGAUUGGCCUAAGCGGUUACAAAUAGCAGUGGGAGCUGCUCGGGGGCUAUGCUACAUGCACCAUGACUGCAAACCUUCAGUAAUUCACCGAGAUGUAAAAUCAAGCAACAUUCUAUUGGAUUCUCAGUUCAAUGCAAAAGUUGCAGAUUUUGGCCUAGCAAAGAUAUUGGUAAAGCAUGAUGAGCGUAACACUAUGUCAACCGUAGCUGGAUCUUUUGGGUACAUCGCUCCAGAGUAUGCUCGUACAAGAAAAGUGAACGAGAAGGUUGAUGUAUAUAGCUUCGGUGUUGUCCUUCUGGAACUAGUUACCGGAAGGAAAGCCAACGAUGGGAAUGAAGAUAUGGGCCUAGCCGAUUGGGCAUUUCAAUAUUAUAAUAAUCAAGAAGGAAACCACAUAGCUGAUAUCCUAGACGAGAAGGUUACAAAAUGUCAUUACUUGGACAAUAUGACUUAUGUUUUCAAGCUUGGGAUCAUUUGCACUUGCCCACUUCCCUCAAAUAGGCCUAGCAUGAAGGAGGUGUUGCGAAUCCUGCUCAAUUGCAAUCACCAAUCGAGAUGUGGAGGGUGUAAUGUUAGAAGCGAGUAUGAUUGCUCUCCUGAUUUCCCUGAUAAUUUUAAGCACUGGAGGAUUUUUGAAGGCCAAGAUGGUAAUUUGCUGUCCAAGGUUUAGUUACUCUUUUGAUUUUUAAAGCCUGCAUAAGCGUAGGGUUGUAAAACAAAUUAAGCUACUCGUGCUCAGGUCACUAAAAGCUCAUUUGAAAUUGGCUCGCAAUGUAAAUAAGCUAAACACAAUAAUGUAAAAGUUUAUUAAAUUUA